AAGCGGCCAUGAGAUGGAAUACUGUAAAAAUAACGUGAAGUCGGACUGCACGGAGCUGCUGAGCCGCUUCCAGACCACCGACUCGGUCCGCUUCCAGAUCUUUUCCAAGAUAUGGAGAGAGAUGCAGUUCUCGGAGAUUUUCUACGGCGGCAUUAACCAAAAAGAGAGGCGGGACUUCAGCCGCCUGGCCCUGGACACGGCCUACAGCUUCUUCAUGCCUCCGUACAGCUUCCAGAUCCGAGUGGGAGGACUUUACCUGCUGUACAGCCUGUACCGCUGCCAGCUCUGCUCGCCGCCGGAGCAGAUCUGUCUGGCGCUGAAGGACUGGGAGGACGUGAAGAAGCUGGAGAAGGACGCGGUGAGCGCCCAGCACCACGACGUGGUCUACAUCCUCCGGAAGCUGGCGUCCGACAAAGCCUUCAGCUUCGCCGCCAUGCCCACCGCGCUCAUCUACAAGAAGAAGAGAAAGGUGGAGCGGCCGAUAGUGCACGAGGAGUUCAUGGAGCGACCGUCUUGUCCGCAGGAGCUCAUCAACCUGGAGCUGCUGGAGGAAUUGUCCAACAUCGACGAUCUCUACGGGAAACUAAAGGCUUCCUUCUCGUCGGAGGGGCAGCGGGCGGACGCCUCCAUCAACCUGGUCCGGAGGGACCUGGUGCCGCAGCUGCGCAGCACCGUGGUGGAUUUCUACAAGUGGCAGCACAGGAAUAACGCGGCUGAUGGCGAUGAGGGCGGCGGCGGCGGCGAGGGGACGUCCUCUCAGCAGGAGUGCUCCAGCAGAGCCCAGCUGAUCGCCACCAUCAAGUCGAAGGCCUACGGAGAGGCAGCAGAGGCCUCAAAGUCCCGACGUCACCGCCAGGUGGAGGUGGACGUCACGAGCAACGUGGCCGCACAGCCGCACAUCUCCACCAGGACCAGCAAGAUGUCCCUCAAGGCCAGAACCCACGAGAACAUACGCAUCUCAGAUGACUUGUGUAAAGAAGCCUCGACGACGUCUCAUAUCAACCGUCUCACUAAACUGGACUGCGGUCCAGAAGAAAAAAAGAAACCGUUCAAACCGUUCAGGUGGUGACGGAAUGAAACAUCCGGAGCGUCUGUUUGUUUUUAGGUGGUGAAACUUCCUGUGACCUUAAAUGUUCCGUGUUAUAGAAAAAGUUAAUGUUUUUUAUAACAUUUAAACGUGUUUUAACUGUAUUUUAGUUUUAUUUAUGACUGAAAUUGAAGAAAAAAUAUCAUCAAUGUUGAUAAUGAACCUUUUAGUUUCCUCAGAUAAGUUUGGCCAAUGAAGAAAACAUGAUAUAAAUGUCAGAUGUGUCGACAUGUUCACACUUUGAUGAAGUUUUAGUAUAAAACUGUAACAUUUAAAAAAUCUCUAAAACUGCUUUUUUCUGUUCUGCAGCUUUUAAUGGUGUUUAAAUAUUGUAUAAUGUUUCACUGUUUUAUAUAAAAGCUAUUGUUAAAAAAAACUAUUUUUGUCCAAUCUCCUUC